CCACAGGGCUAUAAAGCCGCCUGACAGCGGUCUGCGGCUUCUUCCCAGUCCCUGGCCUAGCUCGGCCCACGGUGACUGCCCACCCUCCGCCAUGAGCCACCACUCGUCGGGCCUCCGGGCCGGCGUCAGCUCCACCUCAUACCGCCGCACCUUCGGGCCACCGCCCUCACUAUCCCCGGGGGCCUUCUCCUACUCCUCCAGCUCUCGCCUCUCGGGCAGUCGCCUGCUGGGCUCGGCGUCCCCGAGCUACUCCGUGCGCCUGGGCAGCUUCCGUGGCCCGCGGGCGGGUGCGGGCACCCUCCUGCGCCUGCCCUCCGAGCGCCUCGACUUCUCCAUGGCCGAGGCCCUCAACCAGGAGUUCCUGGCCACACGCAGCAACGAGAAGCAGGAGCUGCAGGAGCUCAACGACCGCUUCGCCAACUUCAUUGAGAAGGUGCGCUUUCUGGAGCAGCAGAACGCGGCCCUGCGCGGGGAGCUGAGCCAGGCCCGGGGCCAGGAGCCGGCGCGCGCCGACCAGCUGUGCCAGCAGGAGCUGCGGGAGCUGCGGCGGGAGCUAGAGCUGCUGGGCCGCGAGCGCGACCGGGUGCAGGUGGAGCGCGACGGGCUGGCGGAGGACCUGGCAGCGCUCAAGCAGAGGUUGGAGGAGGAGACGCGCAAGCGGGAGGAUGCGGAGCACAACCUUGUGCUCUUCCGCAAGGACGUGGACGAUGCCACCCUGUCCCGCCUGGAACUAGAGCGCAAGAUUGAGUCUUUGAUGGAUGAGAUUGAGUUCCUCAAGAAGCUGCACGAGGAGGAGCUUCGAGACCUACAGGUGAACGUGGAGAGCCAGCAGGUGCAGCAGGUGGAGGUGGAAGCAACCGUGAAGCCGGAGCUGACGGCGGCGCUGAGGGACAUCAGAGCACAGUACGAGAGCAUCGCAGCGAAGAACCUGCAGGAGGCGGAGGAGUGGUACAAGUCCAAGUACGCAGACCUGUCCGACGCCGCCAACCGGAACCACGAGGCCCUGCGCCAGGCCAAGCUGGAGAUGAAUGAGUCCCGACGCCAGAUCCAGAGUCUGACGUGCGAGGUGGACGGACUGCGCGGCACGAACGAGGCGCUGCUCAGACAGCUGCGGGAGCUGGAGGAGCAGUUCGCCCUGGAGGCGGGCGGGUACCAGGCGGGCGCCGCGCGGCUCGAGGAGGAGCUGCGACAGCUGAAGGAGGAGAUGGCGCGGCACCUGCGCGAGUACCAGGAGCUCCUCAACGUCAAGAUGGCCCUGGACAUCGAGAUCGCCACCUACCGCAAGCUGCUGGAGGGCGAGGAGAGCCGGAUUUCCGUGCCGGUCCAUUCCUUUGCCUCCUUAAGUAUAAAGACCACCGUGCCUGAGGUGGAGCCUCCCCAGGACAGCCACAGCCGGAAGAUGGUUCUGAUCAAGACCAUUGAGACCCGGGAUGGGGAGGUGGUGACAGAGUCCCAGAAGGAGCAGCGCAGUGAACUGGACAAGUCUCCUACUCACAGCUACUGAACCCCUUGGUCUGAAGACUUCUGACCCUGCCCUAUGCCUGCUCUAAGCCCAAAUCCUAACAGCAAACAGCAAUCCUCAAUUUGUCUCCCCUCCCUCUGCAUGUGUCUAAGGGGUGGUAUCAGUCCUUCCUUUCCUGGCACACCGCCAAGCCCUACCUGACCAGCCAUCGCUGGCCGUGUCCCUGCCUGACACAGAUGUAACCCAGGUGCUCUCCUUUUCCUGUCCUGGUAAAAGGCCGAUAACCUACCAGGACAAGUCUACUGCAGCCAUGAUCCUAGGACCAGUGGGUGGGCCAGGAUCUGAGUCUCACUUCUGAAUCAAGUAAAACUGCUGUCAAGAGAAA